AACAGGACAAUUUAAAGCUCAAGAUAGUUGUCUGAUAUGUCAUAAUUUCAUUGCAGAAUGUUACUGCUGCUUGUCUGCACCGUGUUGCUUUGGGGAGCAGCCUUCCCGGACACAACCGUCACCAUCUACAACGAGUGGCUCUCCCAGGGUGGAAGGGUGCAUUUCGAAGUUGAGAGAUGGAACAAAAUUAAUGGCCUCACCCAGCAGAACCUAAUACCAAAGUGUAAAGCGAUCAGGACGGCUGCCGGUCGUUGGCUGAACCCAGAUCUGAGCGGUCAUCUCUUUGAAAAUUGGCGUCAAAGCCCAAGUCACCAUGGCUACCCAGACCCUGCCUAUCUCCAGGACCAUUCACUCCAGUCAAAGACAUUCGGGUUCUACAUGCAACAAGUGAAUGGCUAUGGAAGUGACAUCAACAACAUGGUCUGGGAAAUAAAAGGUCUGAACUGGCCCAGUUGGAUAGAUACGUCUCAUCAUCAAGGAAAAUUCCCCAACAAUGUUGACGCUGCAGCUGAGUUUGUGUCCCUGAUGGUACAGAGUACAAAGGACUACACAGGAGGUCGCAUUCCCCACAUAUUUGAAGUCAUUAAUGAACCUGAUUGGGUCGAAAAGUAUAUUGACCAACAAACGAAUAUAGACUUCCACAAGGCUGUCGCCCAAAAGCUGAAAUCCAGAUUUGGAAUGAAAGUUGGUGGACCAACAUACACCAGUAUGGCCUUACGAGAAGCAGACGAAAAUAACUUCAGCUACUGGAAGAGAACUGCUAAGUUUCUGGACAUGUCUCUUGAUCACUUGGAUUUUUUCUCUUUCCAUUCCUACAACUAUGUGCGUGUAUCUGGUGGAAGUUACGCCUAUUUUGGUAUCAACGAAGCUCGUCUGGUCGCCUCUAUUGACAUGGUGGAGAAUUACUCUCAUCUGAAGAAAGGAAAAAAUGUUCCGUUGGUUAUCAGUGAGUUUGGAAGGGGAAGUGUGUUCGGAGUUGCGGAUGGUUUUGAAAAUGGAAUGAUAGACUUGAAACCAUUUAUCAACCAAACGGCUUCAUGUUUACUUUCCUUAACUUACGGGAAUUUAUUGACAGAGUGAUAGUGUUUCUGCUCUCAAAUGAGCAAUAUCCGGGUCAUCCUACCCUUCGAAGUUCCUUGUUUACCCAGGAUGGACAUCCCCUUCACAUGACCAAAUUUUUCACCUUUUGGCAAAACUUUUAUUAUGAUCAAAGGUUUCUCCGGAUCUCAAGUCAGUACGAUGGUCAGGAGAGAAUAGUUGCAUCACUCGCUCUAGCAAACCCUCACAACAAGGAGAUGGUGGUUCUUCUCCACAAUUAUGGUUCAAAAUGGCAGAAUGUUAAAUUGGACUUUCCCAACAACUGGCUGAACCCUUCUACAGGUGAAGAAACAUGCGUUCUGUUCGAAAAUGGCAACCCAGCUGUUCAUCCCAAUUACCAUUUCGACAGGUCUAAGAAUCAUGGCACUGUUGGUCUGCCAGGAUCAUCAACCUGCUUCUACAAGUUCAAAACCAACUACAACUUUAACGAAAUACACACAAACAACGAGAACACUUACUACGGCAAGAACAUGGUCAUCCCAAUCAGCAACGGACAUGCGCAGACCACCAUCCAUCUACCUAGCUCUGGAUAUCACACUGCCCAUCUUAGAGUGGGAGUCAGCCGCGACAAGAAUGCCAAUUCAAAACCCCGUCAGGUUGUGUUCAAUGGCCACACGUUGUCCUCAAACUACAUGCUGUUUGAUGCUAUGAAGGUUGAGGGGAAAACAAAAUGGAAUGUGUGGGAGUUCAUGGUCCCUCAAUCACAGGUCCACACAUCCAACACCGUCAGCAUGACCUUUGACGGAAACGGCGGUCACGUGUCGUCCGUCGCUCUCGUUGUUGGAAAACUUCAGUAGAUAAACUUCACUUUAAGAAAA